ACAAAGGUAAGAUAGAAAAAACUGUUUUUCAUUACAAAAUGAAGUUAACGCUUGUUAUAUUCGCUCUGACGGCAAUAUUCAGUAAUCAAGGCGCCACCACACCUAACACACUCUUGGAUACGACUGAGUCGAAUGAUAGUGAAGAUACUGCACCGGCGAAUGACGCUAGUAAGAAUGUUUCUUCAAGUAUUUCGACAAUAAGCAGUAGUAAGUCGCCUGUGUCAGCUAUUACUAGCGCUACCACAAAUAAGUUUGAGAACAACUCGUCCAUUGCAGCAACCAGUACUUCAAACACUACGGAAGGAAACAUUUCAACGCAGAAAAAAGGAGGAAAAGGCGCGGCCGAUGGAGUGACGUCGAGCUACUCAGUGUUUGUUUUGUCUGUGGUUGGUGCAUGUGUUCUGAAUGUUCCAGAAGUAUAACGUGUCAAGAAAAUUAUGAAGGUUGUUUGUUUGACCUGUUAUCUAAAAAUUGUACUUGCUUAAUGGCUUAAUAAAUUUAUAUUAUUUUAAUUUAAAAGUGAAUGAAGAUGGUGAUAAUGUUAUCGUUUAUUUAUGUCUGUGAUCAAUAUCUUUAGGAACAUCCUAAAUAAAACUUGGUUUUAA